AUGGACUCUCCAAGUGUGUUCCGAAAGGACGCGCUGGCCGGGCGCGUCGCAUUGCUGUCAGGAGGCUCGUCAGGCAUCGGCUAUGAGAUUACCCGGCAACUUGGGAUGCACGGCUGCACGUGCGCCGUAAUGGGCCGUCGACAGACCGCGCUGGACGGCUGCCAGGAGGAACUCGCGCAGGAGGGCAUCAAAGUCAUCACCGUCCAGGGCGACGUCCGCAAGUACGACGACUGCGCGCGGGCGGUGGCGGUCACGGCGCAGGAGCUAGGCAGGAUCGACAUCCUCGUCAACUGCGCCGCGGGCAACUUCCUGGCCCCCGCAGAGACACUCUCUUCCAACGGGUUCCGUACCGUGCUCGAAAUAGACACCCUCGGGACGUUCAACCUCUCGCGGGCCGCGUUCAGCGAGCUGAAGCGAGCGAGGGGCUGCAUCGUGAACAUCAGCAUGACGCUGCACUACGGCGCGACGUGGUUCCAGACGCACGCGUGCGCCGCGAAGGCCGGCGUCGACGCUAUGACGCGCGGGCUAGCGCUGGAGUGGGGCCGCCAUGGAAUUCGCGUCAACGGGAUCGCUCCGGGCCCGAUCGAGGGCACCGCGGGGAUGGCGAAGCUGCAGCCCAAGGAGCCCAAGGCUGGGGCGCUGAAUUCCAUCCCCGUCGGCCGUAUGGGCAAGAAGCAGGACAUUGGUCUAGCGGCGGUGUUUCUGUGUUCGAGCGCCGCUGCGUUCGUUUCGGGGGACACGCUGGUGGUGGACGGAGCGAACUGGCUGUGGAAGGAGCCGCUGGUCGACCCGGACAGCGUCAGCGAGCUCAGCAGGAAGGUGGAGGGCGGCUCUCGCGCUGUCGGCGUCGCGGCGGGCCCUCGCAGCCGCAUGUAG